AUGUCUGGAUUAAUGACGAAAGACAUUUUCAACCACACAGUUUUCAUUUUUAUAAUAUGUUUCGUCCUAACUGCGGCUGAACAGUCUGAGGUACCAUCCGUUGUAAAUGCAUUAUUGCCAGCAAAUGCAACAGAUAAGACAGAAGUUCGUAAUGUUUAUGAAGACGCCGACGUCCCAGCAACUGUCGUCACGUGUGGCUGCUUCAAAGAGGAUUACUUCUACUUUGCCAUCUUGUUCAUUUUUCUGAGUGUCGUCCUGACCCUGGCGAUCAUCUGUUUAAUUUCUGCCUGGGUGUACAGCUCUGGUGAGCGAAAGAGAAAUGAUGAAGCGGGACUGCAAGACAGAAACGUCGUGAUUGAUGUCCGUGGUGGCGAUGGUAUCGACUACCACUACGAUGACGCCGAGAAAGGUAAAACGAUUGAAAAAGAUGUUGCCAAGAAGAAAGUAAAUAAUGGCAGUGAUGAUGGGGGUGAUGAUAAUAAGAGCACCAGAGUGAGUGCUUUUAAAGAUGGCGAUGAUGAGAAAAAGAUGAAAGAUGAAGACGAUGAGAAGAAGAAUUGA